AUGAGACUGCAAACGAAUGAGUGGCAGCUUGAGCGGUCAGAGUGCGUUCACCUCGCUGCGACCUUCCCUGCGCAGAUCUUGAGUGAGCUGCCCCCUCACGAGAACAUCAUCCGCUGCUUCGGAUUUUCCAUCGACGCUCCACAGCGUUCAGGCGGCAGCGGCAUGGUGAAGCUUCUGCUGGAGCUUUGCAACGGCCAUCUUUUGGACUUCCAGGACUCCAAAGGUGGAAAGUUGUCGCCCAAGGACAUGGGCACCCCUUCCGAGAUGAUGGACCCCUUUGUGCAGGUGGCCGAAGCGGUCCGACAUCUGCAUGCACAGCGGCCCCCAAUACAGCAUCGUGACCUGAAGGUCGAGAACAUUCUUCAGGGCAGUGACGGGAACUGGAAGCUCUGCGAUUUCGGUUCUUGCAGUACAGCCUGUGUUCCAGGUCACGAGCUUCCGAGGGGCGAGCUCCAACGGCUCCAGGAGGAAAUCGACAAGACCGUGACCAUGCUGUACAGGCCCCCCGAAAUGGCGGACGUACAGCUGAACUACCGGAAGGGCUAUACCAUUACCGAGCAAGUCGACAUCUGGAUGCUGGGCUGCAUCCUGUAUACCCUUGCUUUCUACCGGCAUCCCUUCCAGGAUAAUGCUACACCCAUGGCGAUAUGGAAUGCCAAGUACUUCAUUCCCUCGGAGCAUCCAAUGGCUAGGAGCGCGAAACUCUGCGCUCUGAUCCACUGGCUGCUGGCGGCAGACCCAAAGGACCGGCCCACAGCACCGCGGGUGCUGGAGGCUUGCAAGGCAAUUGGCAAGAGCGAGUACGACGAGUUUGUCGGGCAGAUGCCUGCCAGCGUCCGGGAGAGAAUCCUGCAGCACGAUCGCAUCUACGGUGCUAGGAGUACCAAAGAGCCUCCGAAAGAGUGGGAUUUGAAAAACCUUCAGUCAGCUGCUGCUGCAGUGGCAGCGAGCCACAGCAGCGGUCACAGCAACGGCAAAGUCCGCGAGAAUCCGGGGGGGUUUGAUGUUCGGUUUGCGCUGUCGCCGGAGACAAACGGAAGUGCAGGCUAUGCGCAGAGCUCUCAAAGAGGGCAGCGUCAGGCUGCUGCGAAUCCUCCAAGCCUGCAAGAGGAUCUGCUAUCCCUCGAUGCUGGAUCUCACCAGCCAGGCCUUCACCAGGCCGCCUCCACUCCGGCCCUGGACGACCUGAUCGCCCUGGGCCCGGCGACGCCGUCCCGGGCGAAGAGCGCCCCGGCAGUGGCGAUGCCGGAAGCAGGGGCCGGUCAGAACCUCCUUGCUUUCGCAGACUUCAGCAGCAUGCCGCAGCAGGCCCAGCCGAUGCCUACCGCGUCGACUGCAGGACCGGCCACAGAGCGAAAUCAGUUUGGGAGCCCAUCAUGA